AUGACUUCGACCUCCAGGAAGAGGAAACGUGCUUCUCCUCCGGCAGGAACGACCUCGACCUCUUCCUCUUGGAAGAGGAAGCGUGCUUCUCCGGCGGGGCCAAUCGGGAACCAUGAACUGGUCUCGUUGCUGCUUGAAACUCCCUCCGGCUUUGCCAUUUUCUCUAUGUAUGGGCAUCACUUCAAUGACCCAGAUGCUCUGGAGAAUAUCUGGGCACACUUCGGCGAGGAGUAUAGGACAAAAGAUAUCGUUUGGUUGAAAGAGUUCAAAACUUUCAAGGACAAGUCCAGUGCCAUUAAUCAGGAUACUGGUGUUAAUUGA